GGAUGCCUUUAGGCUCUUCUUCAUUCACUUUCCCAAACCCUUGACCCCAAAACACUCCCAAAACUCCAAAAUUUGGUCAUCCAUGGCUACCCGCAACACGAUGAAGAAGAACAUGGAAGAUGGGAUGAUUUAGGUGCUUCAAUUUUCCCAUCUCCUUUUCCUCACCAAAAUCAUCACAAAACCCUGUUCAAGAUUCAAAUCGAUUCAAAUCCAUUCAAAUCAAUUCAAAUCAAUUCAACCCAAUUACCCAAAAGAAGAGAAGAAGAAGAAAAAAAAAAGAGAGAUUUUUUUGAUGGAGUUCGAUAUGGAUAGAAUUACACCCCACACUCGCCCUCUUCCACCUCCUUUCCUCUCCAAAGAUCUUCAUCUCCACCACCGCCAAAACUCCGAUGACGACCAAAGCGGCGGAGCUAAAAGGGAUAGGGAGGAGGAAAAUCCCAUCACCGCACCGGAGACUAAAGAAUUAUCCAAUUCUUCUUCUCGACGCCCACGUGGCCGACCAGCUGGUUCCAAAAACAAGCCAAAGCCACCCAUUAUAAUCACUAGAGACAGCGCCAACGCCCUCAGAUCUCAUCUCAUCGAAAUCUCCACCGCCUCUGACAUCGUGGAUACCCUCGCCGCCUUCGGGCGUAGGCGUCAGCGCGGCGUUUGUAUCUUAAGCGCCACUGGAACCGUCGCCAACGUCACUCUCCGACAGCCAGCCUCCCCCGCCGCUGUCAUCUCCUUACAUGGCAGAUUUGAAAUUCUCUCCCUAUCCGGCUCCUUCCUCCCGCCGCCGGCUCCCCCUGCCGCCUCCGGGCUGACCGUCUACUUAGCCGGUGGGCAGGGGCAGGUCGUCGGCGGGAAUGUCAUCGGCCCACUUCUGGCGUCCGGUCCGGUGAUUAUUAUGGCAGCUUCAUUUGGAAAUGCUGCAUAUGAACGGCUACCCAUUGACGAGGAAGACGAAGCUUCACCCGCGGCGGAGAUGGCGGGAGAACAGGCAGCACCGCCGCCGCCGCAAUUGUUGGGGGAUCCGAAUGGGGGAUUGUUUCAUGGUGUGAAUUCUUCAUGCCAAUUAGCGGCGGAGGCGGCGUAUUGGGGAGGAGGUCGGCCACCGUUUUGAAAACAUAAUCUUUUGGGGUUUGAUGAAAUUUCUCUUCU